AUGUUAUGCUCGCGACACUCGAAAAGCGCCGUAUCGCUAGAUGGAUCAUCCCGAGGACGUCUUCGAGGAAAAUCCAUUCCCGACUUGCUCAAGGCAUGCGCUUCGAUGUAUAGAGACUAUCUUGGUUGCGUUCAACGCUUGUUAUCUCGUGACCGUUCAACUCUAGACUCUAAAUGGGAUUUCACGGGUUCGCACCAUCCCGUUAGCGGGGAUGAGACCCGAUCCUCUCGCGGUCUUCGUGAUCGCACUCUAAUAGACGCUUCUCUUUUCAGAUGCGCCCCUCUUUCCAAUUGUGAGGCCACGGCUGCAUGUGUGUCCCCGCUGCGGCCAGAUGUACUCGUGGGCAUCAAACCUGCGGAAACAUCUCAAGAUGGGCUGCGGCAUGAUCCGCUUGUUGUCUGGGUCGAGGAUUAUCAAGCAUUCGAUACGAACACGACCAGCUCGAUCGAUCAUCAAUCCAGCGAUGAUCAUACUUACGUUGAUCGUUUGCGAUUCAGGCAAGUCACUAGUAGAUUCAAGUGUUCCAAGUGCGCGAAGUCAUAUCGAUGGAAACAUCAUCUUGUGGAGCACAUUAAAGCUUCUUGCGGCCAGGAGAAGGCGGAAUGCUGUCCCUACUGCAGUUACAAGAGCAAUCGCAAGUGGAAUCUGAAAUCGCACAUGAAGAGGAUUCAUGCGAGAGAAUAUAAAGAGGAAAUAAAGAGCAAGUGUGGACCAUUCAUUUACGAGACUCCUUUACAAAGUGCGGCGAAAUCACGAAUAUUUAUACGCGAUUUGGAACAGGCGAGGAGAGCCGUUAACGCUGUCGCCAAUGGAAUGUCUUUGAGGAAGGCCGCGAAAAUGUACUCCAUAUCCAAAUCAGUUCUACAUCGAUACAGCAAACGGGAUGCGCGCUCGGUGGGUUAUCUGAAUUGUCAGAGGGUGACGUACCCCUGCAGGAAUUGCGGCAAAGUCUACAGCUACUACUCCAGCUUGGCUAGGCAUUUGAAGCAUGAGUGCGGCGUAGAACCCAAAUUCCACUGCCCCUUGUGCCCUUACAGAACGAAACACAAGUCAAGCUUAAACACUCAUCUGAACGGCAGGCAUAUGAAGUUAUUAAGCGAGUUUUAUACUGUGCCCAAUGGCAACAAGACGUCUUCAACGGAUGCUGGGAAUUGA